UUUCACGGCCCCUUAGCACCUCCAAAAGUUCACGCAUGGAUACUAUGUUCGGCUUCGCGCUCGGCGAUGGCAAUGUUUGGGAUCUGCCUUGCAACGCAAAAUUGAAAUAAUUCUAGUAAAUACGGCCGCCGGUUGUUUUUGGACCAUAAGGUCCAUUCACAGACGACCGUAGCCGCCCAGUAUAAACUCGGAAGUCAGACGCGGUCCUGGCCCAACUGAACCACGAGAAGUAUUUUUUCUUCGCGUCCGAUCGCCUUUCCUGAGCGUGCACGAGUUGCACGCGACGCGUGACAAAUUGCAGACUUCAAAUCCAACCCCAGCUCAGGCUGUCGGUUCAAAUACCUCUUCUACCUUUCGCUCCAACAACAUCUUGUGGACGUUUGCCACUGGCCUGCUCUUCCUCUUUCUUACCACCACGACUGCCACUCACGGUAUUGGCUCUCUCCUCCCGCUGAUACUGGUUCUUUCGCUUUAAUGCCCGUUUCGACGAACUUGGUCUCUAGUAGCUUAGCUGCUCCUCAAGGCAGGGUCUCCUCUGAACAGCAAAACUCUUGGGUCGACUCUCGCGUUAAGGGUCUCCGACGAUUGUCCAUACCAUCUAUCUCAACUGCUGAUCGGAAUUCUUCCGCACGCGCUUCGCCAAUGUCCUCGGUUGGAGGAUUGCCUUACUGGGCACAAUUGGAUCGCAUCGACUCUCGUCGUUCUUCCCCCUCCACGUCGUCUUCCAGUGUUGCGAUGGAGAACGCCGCCACGAACUUUUCACAAGAUCCAUUUUACCUCACACGAUCGAGAGUGCUACGAUUGUCAGCAAGAACUCGGCUCUCGGAGUACACGUUGCCCGACGUUGUUCACAGGAUCAAAUCACUGCAGCCUACGUUGUGGAAAAGUUCCUCGUCAGCGUCGUCUGACGUCGAUGGCGUGUUUCUCGUCUUCCGGACGCAUGAGGAGGCUUGCACCGCUAUCUCUCUGUCCAGCCCUUCCUUCCCUCUCUAUGCAGCUCUUGAGAGUGAGCUAGAACACAUCCAGAACCUCCAGCAACUCCUGUGGUCCGAAGUUGUGGAAGAAAUGGCAACCGUGGCUCCCCCGCAGAGGAUGACACCGUUGAUUCCAUUCGUGUCUCGACGCGUCCACGAUGUGGCUCAAGGUCAAGGUAACAACGCCGCACUUCCAAACGGUUUAACACCGCUGCAAAUUGAAGGCUUCAACCUCUCGAGUAAUCCACCCAACCCGAAGCUCAGUUUCCGAGCAGGUGACUGGAUGUGCUCCGUACGUCAUUGUGCAGCUCAUAAUUUCGGUCGCAACGUAGCGUGCAUUCGAUGCGGCACCCCUCGCACGAUGAAUACCAUGGACGGCAGUAGUGCGGCCACCAGCCCUAUCUCACCAACGCAUCAUGUUUCUCCUAGGUUCAUUAAUGCUGCUCAUCCUGCCAACAACGGUGGUCAAAUUCCCAACCUUGUGCUCAUGGCUCCUCAACAUCCUCAGGUUGCUCAAUUCUCACACCACGCUCAUGCGCAGCACGUUCAACAUCAACAAACUCAUCCUGCCCUCCCCAAUACCCCUCUUACGCCCAUCUCGUCUCAACCUCCUCACACUCCUCACGCGCCCAAUACACUUAUGGCACCUCUGUCCGCCUCUGGCAUGCCAAAAUCCUAUCCACCCAUCCCCUCCUCUUCACCCUCAGUCUCGUCACCGUCAAAGGCACCGUCACCCUCAUAUCCCCUUCUCACACCUUCGGGACACGCAUUAAGCGCAGGUGGUCGAGUUCGGAAUAUCUCGACAGACCCCUUGAUGCCAUGUAUCAUGUAUUGGCCUGACAAUGAACCUUUACCGGAGAGGGGACAGAUUAGGCCUCUGGGGAGUGCCGUUAUCCAGGUGCGUGGGGGUUCUCCUUGUUACCCGCCGAUCAUCAAUACAGGCAACAAGGGCGCAGCGGAGAAGCAACCGGGUGAUUGGGUUUGCUCCAAGUGUAACUACUUGAAUUGGAGACGGAGGAAAGUCUGUCAGACGUGUUAUCCCUAUGCUGAGGGAAACGGCGACUCGAUCUCCGCAGCCGUUCAAGCGGAACGUAUCGCACUCCUCGCAAACGUCCUCAAUCGCUCCACGUCUUCAUCUGCCUCAACGCCUUCCCUCACCCCCACUACCACGCCCGCCUCUUCGACUUCCUCGUUCUCGUCCUUUGCUCAAGGUCCUACUGCAGGGCACACUGCGACUCAACAGGUCUUGCCUCCAGUUGGCGGAGUCGAACGUCAACUUCGGUCAUGGUCAUCUUCGGACCACCCGCAGUUCGAUCGGGAGUUACAGAAUAAGUUCUCGCACCCAAUUUAUCAGACGUCGGGACACCCGUCCCAUCUCUCUCACCCUUCGCACCCCUCGUUGAACGGACAUUUCGCCCAGCUCGGUCCAUCGUUCCCAAGCGAGUCCAACUUCCUCCCGUCCUUCCUCCAAGACAUCAUCCAUUCGCCCUCCCUCUCCCCCGCCACGUCUUGUUCCUCGGGUUUCGAGGGCCCCCACUACACGUACUCUUCCAACACUUCUGUGAACGCGUCUCCUGACUCGUCUUCUCGUGGAAGUAUCGGUGAGGGUCGGCCCCGCGGGAACAGUGGGCAUGGAAAGGGGAGUAUCGGUGAAAGUCGACAUAUUGUUCAGCGCGAUAGGAGUGCCAGUCGACAAAGGCCUUAUACUUCUUCGUCAGGGAGCAAUGGAAGCGAUUUGAGUAUCUGGAGGUUGGACGGUGAAGAGACUAGGCACAUGAAACUGGGAGGGUUGAACGGAUCCGAGUCGAGCUCUAAUGGAUUGGAUGGAUUGAACGAGGUAGACGAAGUAGCUGAUACCUUGGCAGAUUUCGACAUCGCGGGGAAGACCCCGACGAACUGUGCGGUGUUCGCGUAGGGACGAAAAAAUUAUGUAAAGACGUAUGGUGUAUCAAAAACAAAUUCUCGUCUCGUAUUCUUGCUCCUGUAUCUCAAAAGACUCUCAAGACGGACUUACCCCGCAUCAACUUGGACGCAUCGUGGAUCGGAAAGACCAAAAACCCAACACUCAAUCACUUUAAAAAAUGGCGACACGGACAAUGUAUUUUGGAACUAUCUUAAAGUAUAGUGAUUUAUACGACCGACCGGCGGCGAUUCCUUCCUUCUGUCCUUUUAUUCCUAUUGCUCUGAAUCUUAUUCACCCUUCAGGCACUUGUGCACUUUACCCCCCUUUGUUUUUGCUCUUAACCAUCUUCUCAUCUUCAUCUUCAUCUUCAGUGAUUUAUCUUUAUGCACCUAAUGCUAUUCUUGAACGUAGAUUGUUCUUCUUGUUCUACCUCAACGCAACUUUUACCCCCUUCACUCUUGUUGUUUUCAGACUCGACCCCGGCGGCCCUGGGCUUGGAAUCUUUCUUUCUGUCUGUCUCUCUCCGUUUAUGCAUAUAAAGUAUAUUUGGCAUACGUAUCAGUUGUUGUUUGUUGUUCAUUACACCCAGGAAUCAGAAAAAUGAAUGUAUUUUUUCCCCAACUCUUU